AUGCAACGCAUCUCAUAUCGCUCUACCGUGCUGUCGUCCGAGACGUCAAGCCGCGACAUGCACAAAGCCUUCGAGGCAUCACCACGCCCCAAGUUUGUUUCCUACACCGAUCGACGGCAGCAUGCUGAGACUCAUCCUCCUCCACCCCCACCAUCACCAGUCCAUUGGACCCGUGAGAAGCAGAGCCGCUAG